AUGUCUGACGACGAUGACUUCGACUUCUCCGAUGGCUAUUCGCCCAAGAAGGCACCCGCCAAGCAGUCUCGCAAAGUAAUCGCUGCUGACACCGAUGGUACCGACGAAUCUUUCGAAGAGGUGCAGCCCAAGUCCUACGACGGCAAGACGAUCGAACAAAUCUACCAGAAGAAGACGCCCUUGGAGCACGUUCUUCUCAGGCCAGACACGUACGUCGGUUCGAUCGAGUCGCGAGAAGAGAAGAUGUGGGUCUAUGACGAGGUGGUAGGGAUGAACUACCGCGAGAUCUCGUAUGUCCCUGGCCUCUACAAGAUCUUCGACGAAAUCUUGGUCAACGCUGCCGACAACUUCCAGCGGGACAAGACCAUGGACAAGAUCCAGGUCACCAUCAACGCCGACACCAACACCAUUAGCGUUUGGAACAACGGACAAGGCAUUCCGGUCGAGUUGCAUGCAGAAGAGAAGAUGCACGUCCCCGAGCUCAUCUUCGGCCACCUCCUCACUUCCUCGAACUACGACGACGACAUGAACAAGGUCACGGGAGGUCGCAACGGCUACGGCGCCAAGCUGGCCAACAUCUUCUCGAAGCACUUCAGCGUCGAAUGUCUCGAUAGCAAGCGCAAGAGGAAGUUCUUCAUGGAGUGGGAGCACAACAUGACGAAGCGCCACGAGCCGGUGAUCAAGUCGACCGCGACGAAGAACGACUACACGCAAGUGAGCUUCACACCCGACCUCAAGCGGUUCAACAUGAAGUCGUUCGACAAGGACAUCAUCGCCCUCUUCACCAAGCGCGUGUACGACAUCGCCGGCUGCAAUCCGAAGCUGAAGGUCUACCUCAACGAGCAGCUCAUCAAGAUCAGCAGCUUCGAGAAGUACGUCGAGCUCUACUUCGAGAAGAAGGACGUGCCCCACGUCUUCCAGCAGAUCAACGAUCGGUGGUCCGUCUGCGUCGCGCUGAGCAGCUCCGGCCAGUUCCAGCAAGUGAGCUUCGUCAACAGCAUCUGCACGACCAAGGGCGGGACGCACGUCAAGUACGUGACGGAUAAGCUGACUAAGGAGCUCACGCCGAUCAUCAACAAGAAGAACAAGGGCGGUGCCGAGAUCAAGGGCCACCAGAUCAAGAACUACAUCUGGGUCUUCGUCAACUCGCUCAUCGUCAACCCGGCUUUCGAUUCGCAGACCAAGGAGACGCUCACAAGCCAGGCCUCCAAGUUCGGCUCCAAGUGCGAAAUCCCAACCGACUUCGUAAACAAGGUUGUCAAGAAAUGCGCUAUCGUCGAGAACGUUGUCCAGUUCGCGCAGUUCAAGCAGAAGCAGCAGCUCGGCCGCAAGGGUGGCUCGAAGAAGACCCGAGUGAGCGGCAUCGUCAAGCUGGACGACGCCAACGAAGCCGGCGGCAAGAACGCCGACAAGUGCACGCUCAUCCUCACGGAGGGAGAUUCUGCCAAGACGCUGGCGGUGAGCGGUCUUUCGGUCGUCGGAAGGGAUCGCUACGGCGUCUUCCCGCUCAAGGGAAAGCCCCUCAACGUUCGAGAGGCUACGCACAAGCAGAUCAUGGACAACGUCGAGUUCGGUCACAUCAUGGAGAUUCUCGGUCUCAAGCCCAACAUCAAGUACGAAUCGACCAAGGGCUUGCGCUACGGGCGCUUGAUGAUUAUGACGGAUCAGGACCACGAUGGUUCUCACAUCAAGGGUCUCGUGAUCAACUUCGUCCACCACUUCUGGCCCGAUCUGCUGAAGACUCCUGGAUUCCUCACUGAGUUCAUUACCCCGAUCGUCAAGGCCACGAAGAAGAAGGAGACCAUUUCGUUCUACACGAUGACAGAGUACGAGACCUGGAAGGAGGAAAACAAUAACGGACAGGGCUGGAAGAUCAAGUACUACAAGGGUCUCGGUACCUCCUCCGCGCAGGAGGCCAAGGAGUACUUCUCCGAGCUCCAGCGCCACAAGAUCGACUUCGCGUGGGGAGGCGACGAAGACGGCGACGCGAUAGACAUGGCCUUCAGCAAGAAGCGGGUUGAAGACAGAAAGACCUGGAUCUCCAAGUUCGAGCCCGGCACGUUCCUGGACCAAGACGUGGACGAGCUGCCGUACAGCGACUUCAUUCACAAGGAGCUGAUCCACUUCUCGAUCGCCGAUUGUGCCCGUUCCAUCCCUUCUCUGGUCGACGGACUCAAGCCCGGUCAGCGCAAGAUCCUCUACACCUGCCUGAGCAAGAACAUCAAGGAAGAGAUCAGGGUCGCGCAGCUGAGCGGUUCCGUCUCCCUGCACUCGGCCUACCACCACGGUGAGGAGUCUUUGAACAAGGCGAUCGUAGCGAUGGCCCACAACUUCGUGGGGUCGAACAACAUCAACCUCCUCUUCCCCGCUGGAAGUUUCGGUUCUCGGCUCCACGGCGGUAAGGACGCGGCCAGUGCUAGGUAUCUCCACACGCGGCUCUGUGAGAUCACUCGAACAAUCUUCCAUCCCGACGACGACAAGCUCCUCAACUACCUCGAGGACGACGGUCUGCCGGUGGAACCCGAGUUCUACGUGCCCAUCAUCCCGCUCUCCCUGGUGAAUGGUGGCGAAGGCAUCGGUACCGGCUGGAGCACGUUCGUGCCCAACUACAACCCGAGAGACAUCGUCGACAACAUCAAGCGCAUGCUCAGAAACGAAACGCCCAAGGAGAUGAUCCCCUGGUAUCGCGCAUUCGAGGGCCAGCUUGUGGAAGACAAGGACGGCAAGACUCCUCGGUAUCGAAUUCUCGGUAUCUGGAACAAGCCUGACCCGCACACGCUCGAGAUUACCGAGCUGCCCAUCGGCGUUUGGACCCAGGGCUUCAAGAAGUUCCUGGAGACCCUGCUCCAGCCCGAGAAGAAGAGGCAGUAUGCGCUCGUCAAGGACUACACGGAGCACCACACGGACUCGAAGGUCCAUUUCGUGAUCACCCUCACCGACGAGGCAUCCGUGUUCGACGAGUCCGAGAUUGAGAAGCAGUUCAAGCUCUCCAAGUACAUCAGCAUGAACAACAUGCACCUGUUCGAUCGGAACGGACACAUCGCCCGGUACGGCUCGUGCAUGUCGGUCCUUCAGGAGUUCUACGACGUCCGCCUCGAGUUCUAUGAUAAGAGAAAGGCCCACCUCAUCGGCACGCUGAACAAGCAGCUGUCAAAGCUCGACAACCAAGUCCGUUUCAUUCUCGGCGUUAUCAAGAAGGAGAUCGUGGUCAACAAUCGCAAGAAGGUCGAGCUCCUCAAGCAGCUGGAGGACAUGGGCUUCGAUAAGUUCGAGAAUGACGCCAAGGAGAAGAAGAAAAAGGCGACCAGCGGCAAGGCCAAGAAGGGCGAUGCCGAAGACGACGAUGACGAGGAAGGCGAUUCGAAAUCUGUCAAGAAGGCUGAGACGGGCUACAACUACUUGCUGGGCAUGCCCAUCUGGAACUUGACGAUGGAGAGGGUGCAAAAGCUGCAGCAGCAGAGAGACGAAAAGCAGGAGGAGCUCGACACCCUCAAGGCCACGCCGAUCAAGGACUUGUGGGAAAGGGAUCUGGACGCCUUCCUCGAGGCCUUCGAGGCCCACGAGCAGGAGAUCCGCGACAUCGAGUCGCAGGUCCUCCAGACCAAGAAGGCCGGACGCGGUCGCAGGAGGGCCCCGCCAAAGAGGAAGCCCCCGCCCAAGAAGAGCAAGGACGACUCCGACGACGACGAUUUCGGCGCAGCGCCUGUAAAGAGAGCCCCGGCAGUACGAGUUCGGCCUGCGGCAGCGGCAGCCAAGAAGCAGAAGGUUGAGAAUGAGGACGAAGAUGACGCUCCGCCUCCCGCCAAGCGUGCACCAGCCCCCAGAAAGGCAGCGACCUCGGCCGCUGCCAAGAAGAAGGAGGACGCCGCGCAGAAGAAGCUGGACGACCUGUUCAAGAAGCCCGCCGGCAAGACGGCUGCGGCAUCGAAGGAGAAGGAGAAGGAGGACUACGACUCGGGCGACGAGGUGGUGGCGCAGACCGCCAAGAUGGGGAAGAAGGCCAGCGUGAUCAGCAUCGUUGACGAGGACGACUCCGACGUCGACACGGACAAGGGCAAGGAGGCGCCCAAGCCACCGAAGGAGGAGAGCGAAGUGGAGGACUCCCCGGUCGUCGUGCGGAAGAGGACGACCAAGGCCACGACCACCGCCACCGCCACCGCCAAGAAGACCAAGGCCCUCGUCGAACUUAGCAGCAGCGAUGAAGAUGAGGAGGAAGAGGAGAAGGUGGUCAAGAAGCCGGCGGCGAGAGGAAAGGCGGUUGCCGCCAAGCCUACGGCGGCGCCCAAGGGCAGAGCGGCGGCGCCCAAGAAGAAGAUCCAGUCCGACAGCGACGACGAGGAAAGCGAAGAGGAGGCGCCGAAGAAGGCCGCCGCUGCCAAGAAGGUGGUGGCAACGAAGAAGACCGCGGCGCCGGCGCCGAAGAAGCCGACAACCACUGCUGCGAGGAAGCCUGCCGCGAAGAAGGCGAAGGACGAAAGCGAGGAGGAGGAAGACCUGAGCGAGGAGGAGAGCGAGGACGAAAAGCCUGCGAGCAAGCCACCCCCGAGGAGAGCGGCCGCGCCCGUCCGCAGGACAAAGGCCAAGGCCCUCACCAAGAAGUUGAAGGACGACUCUGACGACGACGACGAUGAAGACGAAGAGGAGUCCUACAUGGACGAAGACGACAACUACUCGGACUGA